CCAACAUAUAAACCGCCAUGUUCCUGUUAAUCACCAAUUAAAAUCAGCCACAUUCAAUUUCCUUUUAAAAUAAUGCGAUAAAUAAGUGUAAAGUGUGUUUUUCACGAUGGAUAUGCCUCUUAAAUUAUUAUUUUUCUACGUUUCGGCGGUCUUCAUGGCUGUGUUUUUAGCGAUUUGUGUUCUUAUAAUCGCCACUACUGACGAAUACCCCGUAAUCGUCCGAAGCAAAAAAGAAAAACGGUUCGUCGACCCCGUCUCCGGCGAAGAAAUCUUAUUUGCGUCGAUUACAGACACCCCGACUAAAAAACUGAGCGUCGUCGUGCCGGCUUACAAUGAAGAAAGCCGACUACCGCCGAUGUUGGAGGAAUGCGUGGAAUUCCUGGAAUCCAGAAGCCAACAAAAUGGGUUCACUUAUGAGGUGAUUGUUGUGAGUGAUGGCAGCACUGAUGGGACUGUCAAGGUCGCGAACGAGUGGUGCAGGAAAUUGGGGGUGGAUAAAUUGAGGGUGCUGGAGUUGGAGACUAAUAGGGGCAAGGGUGGCGCCGUGCGUCUCGGGGUGCAGAGUGCGCGAGGGUCUGUGAUUUUGUUUGCGGACGCAGACGGGGCGACGAAAUUUUCAGACCUCUCCAAGUUGGAACAAGCGUUGUCUGAAAAAAUCGGGGUUGAUUAUGUAAAGGAUGACGUUGCGGGUUUGUUGGGGCUCGCUGUGGGUUCCAGAGCCCAUUUGGAGAAGGAAUCAGUCGCCCAGCGCACCCUAUUCCGGACUGUGUUGAUGUAUGGGUUUCAUUUUUUGGUGUGGUUGUUUACAGUCCGCGGGAUUAAAGACACCCAGUGUGGGUUUAAACUAUUCACGAGAGAAACGGCAAGAUUAUGCUUUGAUAGUUUACACGUGGAAAGAUGGGCUUUUGAUGUGGAGCUGUUGUGGAUCGCACAAAAUCUUGACAUUCCGAUAAUCGAAGUUGCGGUCAAUUGGACGGAAGUGGAUGGUUCGAAACUUACGCCGUUUUGGAGCUCUGUUCAGAUGGGGAAAGAUUUAGCGUUAAUUUGGUUGCGUUAUAUGAUUGGUGCUUGGAAAAUCAAAGAUGAGAAGAUCAAGAUUGAUUAGUUGCUUUUAGUUAUUUUUGUAAUAAGUCUAAAUAUAGGUUUUUUAAAUUAAA